GAUGAUGUCAGCUCCGAGCCGGGCCGGGGCGGUGAGGGAGGAAGCCGGUAGCCGAGCGAGGCCGAGACGGAGCCGGCCCCGGUCUCGGCGGCGGCAUGGCGGGACAGAGCGCGGUGAGCGACCCCCGGCACGCCGCCCGCCUGCUGCGGGCCCUCAGCUCCUUCCGCGAGGAGAGCCGCUUCUGCGACGCGCACCUGGUGCUGGAGGGCGAGGAGAUCCCGGUGCAGAAGAACAUCCUGGCGGCCGCCAGCCCCUACAUCCGAACAAAAUUGAACUAUAAUCCUCCAAAGGAUGAUGGAUCUACAUAUAAGAUUGAACUCGAAGGGAUCUCUGUCGAAAUCAUGAGAGAGAUACUGGAUUACAUCUUCAGUGGGCAGAUCAGGCUAAAUGAAGACACUAUCCAAGAUGUUCUGCAGGCAGCUGAUCUCCUGCUUCUUACAGAUCUUAAAACUCUCUGCUGUGAGUUUUUAGAAGGUUGUAUAGCUGCUGAGAACUGUAUUGGUAUUCGGGACUUUGCACUGCACUAUUGUUUGCAUCACGUUUACUACCUUGCCUCGGAGUAUCUGGAAACUCACUUCCGAGAUGUCAGCAGCACAGAGGAGUUCCUGGAACUGAGUCCCCAAAAACUGAAAGAAGUGCUAUCCCUGGAAAAGCUGAAUGUUGGAAAUGAAAGAUAUGUAUUUGAAGCAGUAAUUAGAUGGAUCUCCCAUGAUUCAGAAUUAAGAAAGGUUCACCUGAAGGAUGUCAUGUCAGCAGUGUGGGUUUCAGGAUUAGAUUCAAUUUAUUUGCUUGAGCAGAUGAUGAGUGAACCACUGGUACGGGAGAUUGUCAAAGAAUGUAACAACAUUCCACUCACUCCACCACAGCAGGGGGAGGCAAUGUUAGCCUCUUUCAAGCCCAGAGGUUAUUCUGAGUGUAUUGUGACUGUUGGUGGUGAAGAAAGAGUGUCACGGAAAUCAACAGCUGUGAUGCGAUGCAUGUGCCCUCUUUAUGAUCCUAAUAGGCAACUCUGGAUUGAACUUGCACCUAUGAGUAUUCCAAGAAUCAACCAUGGAGUACUUUCAGCAGAAGGAUUUUUGUUUGUACUUGGAGGUCAAGAUGAAAAUAAGGAAACUCUGAACUCUGGAGAAAAAUAUGAUCCUGAUACCAAUUCAUGGAGUUCCUUGCCACCAAUGAACGAGGCACGACAUAAUUUUGGUUUGGUAGAGAUUGAUGGAAUACUGUAUAUUCUGGGAGGUGAGGAUGGAGAAAGGGAGUUAUGCUCUAUGGAGUGUUAUGACAUUUAUAACAAGACCUGGACCAAGCAGCCAGAUCUGACCAUGGUUAGAAAGAUUGGCUGCUAUUCAGCUAUGAAGAAGAAAAUCUAUGCCAUGGGCGGAGGCUCCUAUGGAAAACUGUUUGAAUCUGUUGAAUGUUACGACCCUCGGACUCAGCAAUGGACAGCCAUCUGUCCACUAAAAGAGAGAAGAUUUGGGGCAGUGGCAUGUGGAGUUGCCUCAGAGCUUUAUGUAUUUGGUGGAGUCAGAAGUCGUGAUGAUAAUCAGGCCAGUGAGAUGGUGACAUGCAAAUCUGAAUUCUAUCAUGAUGAGUUUAAAAGGUGGAUUUAUCUAAAUGAUCAGAAUUUAUGCAUCCCAGCCAGUUCUUCCUUUGUGUAUGGAGCUGUACCUAUUGGGGCCAGUAUUUACGUCAUUGGAGAUCUUGAUACAGGUACCAAUUAUGACUACGUUAGAGAGUUUAAAAGGAGCACAGGAACGUGGCACCAUACUAAACCAUUAUUUCCAUCAGACCUUCGCCGCACUGGCUGUGCAGCCUUGCGGAUUGCAAACUGCAAGCUUUUCCGACUGCAGCUUCAGCAAGGAUUGUUCCGUAUUCGUGUUCCUUCCCCAUGAUUAGUCCUGCAAAAAUGGAGGAGAUGGGAAGAAACCUAACACAGUCCACCUUAACAUAGCUUAAUAUAAGGAAAAACAAAGCUAUUGCAACUGAAACUUACAUUAUAUGCUGUGCUUUGGUAUGGUAUCUGUUUUUGUUUGUUUUUAAAAUGCUUAAAAACUUCAGUCUCGGCUCUUGUUUGGGGAUAAAUAGCUGUAUAUUAAACAAAAAAAUACCAUGACAAAGGGAACACCUUCAGUCCUAACUAUCUAAAAAAGUAAACUACACUAAUGAAGGAGUUCCUUGCGUCUGAAGCAGGAAGGAAUGGAUAAUAUAAUAAAUUGUAUCGAAAAGUAAAAAAAAAAUUUAAGGUGCAUUUUCCCCUGAGGGGAAUUGAUAAGAGUUAGCAUGCUAUCUUCGACUGGAUAGCUUUAAUACAGAUAUGCUGUAUGAAAAUCAACCUCUCUGGUAUACUGCAAGACUGUUCUUUAUCUGAAUCGGCUCGAGGGAGAUGUUGGUCAUUGCACCUUUAUUUCUAGCCCUUCCUCACUAGUCAAGGUCUGUGCCUACAAGGGUGGAGAUGUACAUAUGUUUUUCAUUCAUUUCCGAUGUUUUCACUCCUAAGAAUCUUAGUUACAAUAUAUUGUAGAUGUGUAAACUGUUUUUCUACACUGUGUCAUUCAAAUGAUCUGAAGAUUGUGUAUUCGUGGGCCAGCAUGCAUUCUUUGUGUGGAUUUUGGAAGCUGCAAUGAGUGAAGUAAAGGGAAGGACUGAGGCAUAGAAUAUGUCACACCUUUACUGUGGCUGGUAAAGGAAUGCAGCACUAGUUGCUUUUCUGAGAGAAAUAGGACUCCUUUUCCCUUCAGAUCACAUAAAAAUCACUGCACGUUUGCAGUGUUGAGGAUGUGUAUUUGUGCAAAAGGGGAGAAGGAAAGGUGGAGCAUUAAAAGGGAUAUAUAUGUAUUGUGGAAAACUUGAUUUCAGGUUCCUGUUUUAAAGGAAAUUGUACAGGCAACUUAUAUUGGGAUCAGAAGCUGGUUUACUUAUGAUUUCUGUGCUAAGGUACAGAGUCUUGAUUACUGCUGUUUUGGCUUUGAAAGCUUGUUUUAGAAUUCAGUUGUAGUGAAGAAUUAUCUUAUGGCUUUUUCCUUUUAAGUCUUGUUACCACUGCGAGUAAUAUUGAAUUGAGUUACGUUAGUAGGAAAGAUCUGCUGGUAGAACACACUUUACCUCAUUACUUAAUUUCAUUUUUGUUGCUUGUGAUGGGUGACACACAACACUAUUG